CUUUGGAACAGGAAGGGGAGGGAAUUCGUCUCUCUAUGGUUGCCACAAACGUGCCUUGUAUUGCGAAUUUCCUGGUGGUCCCUGAAGGCAGCCGCAGGAGAGGAGGAAGGAACCGUGGCAACGCAGCCUGUCACAAAGCUAACGUUAUCCGCGCACUGCUAAGCCCUCUGAAUGCAUCAGCUUUGUCAACAACAUGCACUUAAAUGUUUACCGAGGCUCUCUACCAUUUGAUAUUUACUUCGUAGCUUCCUCUAAAGCGUAAUAACAGAUUUACAAUGGCAUUUUUUAACGAGCCAAGCUAGCAGACCUUUUCGUCGUCGUAGCCACAAUCACUCGACCAGCUAACCAGAACGAGUUGUUGUUAGCUUAAGCUGGCUUGGUGAAUAUGGCGAUUGUGUCUGGCUCUUGUGCCAGGGUAAACGGCUCUAGAAAUGGGCCGUCUGUGUCAGCUACACCCUCUGGAUCUGUUGGACAGUCUCAACCCAUGAUAGCGGUAUGGGAAUGGCAGGAUGACCUGGGCUAUUGGCGGCCUUACAGCGGCCAAGUGAGCGCCUACAUCGAGCGGUGUUUGGCAUCGCGGGGCCAGAGAGGUGGAGGACCCGGUUCAACGAGCAUCUGCCUCGGACAAUCAGACCCAAGCCUGUCGCCUUAUCUCAUUGACAUACCAAGCUUGAAACAGUUUCGGCAGGACACAGGAAAGACACGGUCAGUACGUCGGUCCCUGUUUGCCCAGUCCUCAGGCCUCGGCAGUGGUGUGUACUGGGAAUGGCUCAACGAUGAAGGAGGAUGGACUCCAUAUGAGACUCGAACCUCUAUCCUUUUAGAGCACAGCUAUCAGGCCCGCCAAGGCACAGCAGACUUGGGCCCGCAUGGAUACAAUUACAUAGUGGAUCUUACAUCUCUGGCCCAAGUUAACAAAGCAACGGGUUUCAGACGGCAGGUCCGACGGCAGUGUAACCUCCCCUACCCACUGGCCUCCUCUGGCCCCCCAGCUAUCCCCUCGGGCCUUGCAUGCUCCUGCCAGCAGUGUUUGAGCCACAGCAGCACAGGACCCAUGCCCAGCCGUUCACGACAUUCCUUUUCAUCAGGCAGUCUGAACCGGCCCAGUCUUCAAGCAACAGGGAGGGCUACAGCAGCUCAUCCCACUUCUGUCUACUCGCCGUACCCUAGGAGACCCCUCUCUGUCGGGGCAAUGUCCUGGGGCAGCCCCUGGCCUCCACCGCCCUCUGGUAGUCAACUCUCUGCACCGCUUAUGACCAGCUCUACCAGUGCCAAUGGGUUAAGUGUUCCUUCCAUCUCUGUGCAGCUGAAUGGAUCGACCAGUGUAAGCUCUGCCCUGGCAGGCAUGGCCUCCAUUUUGAUGUCAGCAGUGGGACUCGGCGUGCACUUCACCACUGCCCCCCUCCCUCAACAGCAGCAGCAGCAGCAGCAGCAACAGCAGCAGCAACCUGCUCCUUUCUCUCUUCCUCCUCCUCUCCUCCCCCCAGCCAGCAGGCCCAGCAAGCCCCACAGCAGCAGCAGUUCAGUUAGGAGAGCAAAGAGGCAGCACAGGAGAGCCUCAGCUCAGAGACCUGAGGAGGUGAUUCAGCGCUACAUGGAGGUAGUUGCCGGAGUACCAGAUGAGGAUUGCAUUAUCUGCAUGGAUCAACUGUCCAAUCCAUCCGGCUAUGAGACACCGUCCACAGAGGAGGGAGGCCAGAGCAUCCUGCCAGACACUGUGGGGAAAUUCAUCAAAUGUGGACACACCCUGCACAUGCUCUGCAUGCUGGCCAUGUACAACAAUGGGACAAAGGACGGCAGUCUGCAGUGCCCCUCGUGCAAGACAAUCUAUGGAGAGAAGACUGGCACCCAGCCCAAAGGCAAGAUGGAAAUUUACAGCAUCGCCCAGUCGCUGCCAGGCCACCCAGACUGUGGCACCAUCCAGAUCAUCUACAGCAUACCACCUGGCAUACAGGGCCCGGAACAUCCCAACCCAGGACAGCCGUACACCUGUAGAGGCUUCCCUCGCUUCUGUUUUCUACCAGACAACGACAAGGGCAGGAAGGUGCUGGAGCUGCUGAAGGUGGCGUGGAUGAGACGCCUCAUCUUCACCGUGGGAACGUCCAGCACCACCGGAGAGCCCGACACAGUGGUGUGGAACGGCAUCCACCACAAAACUGAGAUGAUGUCCAACUUGUCGGGCCACGGCUACCCCGACCCCAACUAUUUGGACAAUGUUCUGUCUGAGCUGGCCUCUCAGGGCGUGACAGAGGACUGCUUCAAACCUCCAGGCAGCAGUAGCAGCAGCAGCUAGGUCACAGCUCCGUGCUCCACACACUUCCACUCAAGGCAGACCACCGAGUUCAAAUCCCCCUCUGUGGCCAGGUGGACCCUCUGCAACCUCUCUCUGUUCUUAAGUAUAUUCAGCAUCUGUCCGAAUCUCAUUGAGUGAGCAAAGGGGGAGAAGUGAGCUAAAUAAAAAAAAGGUCUUGAAUAGGGAUGCUAAUUAAAUUUUUCUCUGAACGAUAGGCAACCCUCGUUAACCGGACAAGCAGGCAACGGAGUCCCAGUUCACCCAUCCAGGAUGCUCAGACACGCAAUAAACCCAGUACUGGGUGUAUUGUCGUGGACACAUGCAGCCACUUUGCUGGAACUGCUUGCGCAUGCAUCUGUGCGACUAGGGUUGGGAACCGAAACCCGGUUCCAAAUUAGAACCUCUUCCAAAAUGCCAACAACUGGGUACCCGUAAAAAAGAAAAAAGUUUUGGUUCUGCUUAUCGGUUCCAACUACACAUGGCGCUCUUUUCUGGACUGGACGACGCAAAGUGAUACAAUUUGUUUUGUUUAGGCAGUAUGGCCAAGAUUAGACAGAGUUGCAAGCACACGAGUCAGCUGUGCGCCAUGGACCGCAGGUUUUCUACUCUGCUCCGAUCGGCAAUAGCGGCUGCCUCUCUCAAUCGCACACACGUCAUUCUCAACCCAGUAUAAUUUUUUCCAAGAUGCAAUUAAUGUUCCUUUGCGUUUUAACUCGUAUGUUUAUAUUGACCGCCAUUUCAUGUAUAAAGUAAACAAGCCUGCCUGUGUCUCUCGGCACGCUGCACGGAGACAGACACAGGCAGAGCGGAGGAGAGUCUCAGAGAGAAGAGCGUUUUUCUGUGAGCAUGUGAUCCGUUUUUUACCCCGCCCCUCAAAGAAUCGGAAUCAAUUUUUAAUUAUUUUUAUAAAUUUUUUUUUGCAUUUUAGGCCUUUAUUUGAUAGGACAGCAUAGACAUGAAAGGGGAGAGAUAGAGAGUGGAAAUACAUGCAGCAAAGGGCCGCAGGUUAGAAUUGAACCUGCAGCCGCCGCAGCAACGACUUAGCCUCUGUACAUGGGGCGCAAGCUCUACCAGGUGAGCUACCCAGGCGCCACGGGAAUAAAGAUUCUUUAAGAACCGGAAUCGAUAAGCAGAAUCAAAAUCUUUGAAAUCCAAACGAUACCUAAGCCUGCGUGCGACAGACACUAGUCCGCAGCUGUCUGAGCCUGUCUCCACCUGCGAGGUUGUCAGCUGUGCGUCUGCCUGGCAGACUGUGUGUAGGACGGCCGAUUCAACUGCCAGUCCAAGUGGCAGGUGUCACAUAGCUAUGCGCUGUAAGCACGAUAGAUUGUAUAGCCUAUUUUACCAUACAAAAAGUUUUUAAUUACUUUAUUUUAAUAAUUUUGUUUUUUUAACUGUUUGACUGGUCAAAAUUAUUGUCGGUUAAACGGUUAAUCAUUAACAUCCCUCGUCUUGACGGCUCUCUGGAAGAAUGCUUGCUGAGAAUGGUUACUGCUCCACUACAUUCCUGCUCAUCACAUAUUCCUGGAGACUGAACUCAGAGAAAAAUGGAGCUGCUCGUACUCGAGUCUCUUUUUAAUCAAAACUUCACAAACUGGAGAUUGUGUUUUUUCUUCGUUUUGUCCCCCCCCCCCCUCAAGAGCCUCAUGUGUAUCCCCUUGUCCAGUUACCAUGAGAAUAACAGCUAACAUUGGGGAUAAAAAAAUCCCUCUCAUUAAGCACUUUAGUUCUGACGGUGCAUUUAGCUGACAAGAUGUGUGAUUUCCCGGUAAAGGGCAAUGAACUUGUUUUAAAAUUGGGAAGUUAUGCAAUUAAAGUGUUUCUGCUGAAAGCCUUUGUGUCUUGCACAAAGACACACUGAAACUUCAAGUAGCAAAGUGAGUAUAUAUUAGCCUAUUUGAUGAGAAGAGGCAAUACUUAACUGAUGUAAAUAAAAUAAAAAA